AUGACCACCGACGAAAAGGGGGAGAUCCCCUCACAUCUCGAGAUGGUCUCAGAUCUCAAGUCCGGUUCAUCGACCCAGAUCAGCCUUCCUAUAGACCCAGCCCUCGAACGCAGAGUCGUCCGAAAGUGCGACCUCCACGUCGUUCCCAUACUGACCGUUCUAUUUCUGUUCGCUUUCCUCGACCGAAUCAACAUUGGAAACGCGCGACUGCUUGGGCUAGAAGAUGAUCUCGGCAUGGAAGGCCACCAGUACAACGUUGCCCUAUUCGUGUUCUUCAUCCCGUAUAUCCUGUUUGAAGUACCCAGCAACAUGAUCCUCAAGAAGAUCAAGCCGAGCUGGUGGCUCAGUGGGAUCAUGGCCGGCUGGGGCAUCGUCACGGUGUGUCAGGGGGUGACGGGGAGUUUCGAAGGGCUUGUUGCUUGUAGAGUGCUUAUUGGGGCGUUGGAGGCGGGAUUCAUGCCUGGAAGCGUCUACCUAAUUAACAUGUACUACCGCCGCCACGAGCUCCAAUGGCGCCUGAACUUCUUCUUCAGCGCGAGCAUCUUCGCGGGGGCAGUUAGCGGCUUCCUCGCCUACGCCAUCGCAAACAUGGAAGACGUCGGCGGCUACAAAGCCUGGCGCUGGAUCUUCAUCCUCGAAGGCCUCGCCACAAUCCUCCUCGCCCUACUCGCCAAAUUCCUCAUCGUCGACUGGCCCGAAUCAGCCACAUUCCUUACCCUCGAGGAAAAAUCCUGCCUCCUCCGCCGCCUAGCAGAAGACCAAGGCGAAGCGCAGAUGAGCCGGUUCGAUAAAACCGCCAUGAAGAGGACGUUCUCCGACCCGAAGAUCUACCUCGGCCCGAUCAUGUACUUUGGUAUCGUGAAUACGGGCUACGCGGUCUCGUUCUUCACGCCGACGAUUCUCCAGCAGCUUGGUUGGACUGCGAUCCGGGCGCAGGUUAUGUCCAUCCCUAUCUAUGCUGUUGCAAUGGUCAUAACGCUUUCGACGGCGUGGCUGAGUGAUCGGCUUAAGCAUCGAUAUGGCUUCACACUUGCGGGUGUGCUUAUUGCGACAACGGGGUACAUUUUGCUGUUAUCCCAGUCUUCUAUCCCCGUCGGCGCGCGGUACUUUGCCCUCUUCGCCAUCACAGGCGGUGGAUACCUAACCCAGCCAAUACUGAUGGGCUGGCUGAGCAACAACAUGGCCGGCCACUACAAGCAAUCUAUCGCCUCGGCAAUGCAAAUCGGAUUUGGGAAUUGCGGCGGCCUAGUCGCGAGCAAUGUGUUCUUCAAUAGUGAGAAGCCCGGGUUUCGGACGGGGUUUGGCGUCUCUUUAGGCAUGACCUGGGUCUGUGGGGUUUCUUGUGCGGUGUUCCUGGCGUAUCUGGUAAGGGAGAAUCGGGCGAGGGCGAGGGGGAAGAGGGAUUGGCGGUUUGGGCUUGAGGAGGACGAGAGGACGAAUUUGGGGGAUGAUUAUCCGACGUUCAGGUUUACUUAUUAG